GCAAGGUAUUGUGCCAUUUUAAUAUAGUAAUAAAUGAGCCACAUACUUUCUUGUGUUGAACAGGAAAUUUUGUUAUCCAAGCAGAGCAGAGCUCUGGUUUAGCGAGCAAAUGAGUGGCGUCUUCUUUCCAAAAUAUAUCUCACAUUCGGUCAAAUCUUCCAUUUGUAUACAAAGUAAAAUUUGGUAUUUUCCUAGAAACCUUAUUUGACCUUUUUAAAACGAAAAAUAUUUAAAGUUGCUUAUUUACAAACUUCUUAAAAUUGAUGAGACAGCCCAUAUUUUGACUUCAUUAAUUCGAGAAUUUUAUGGCAUUCAGUGUUUAAAUACAAAUUCAGAUCCACAGACACUGCGCAUCUUAUAAAUACCAACCUAUCUCUCGGACGUAUUUUUAACCAUUCUUUCGAGUAUAAGAGGAUAUGUGAUGUUAUCUCGCCCCUAAUGUUCUGAAUCUUGAUUUAUAUGUGGUUGCUUAUAACUGUUUUGUUAGCAUAGACUAUUGGCUUGACAUAUCCUAGCAAAAACUAUCUUAAACGAAACAAAUUAAAUGAGCUAGGUGGGUAAUUUACAGACCCGUAUAGCUUGUCGAUAAUGCUGCUGUAUCCAUUGAGAUUGACUUCGGUGACCCAUAAGUCACGAUUUUUUUGAGUCAUUGACAUUUUUGAAAAUCACUUUUAAAUUGGCGCCAUCUAUGUCUAUAAUUUCCACUCGGUUACGAAUAUAUAGUAAAAAGUCAACUCGGACCAUAAAACGAUUUUUGGUAAUAAUCGGACUAUGAUCCUCCCUGGUGGGAUAUUUCUAUUUUAUUUUUGCGUAUAUAACCGAUAGUUAUAUAUCUAUACACAAAUUGUAUAAAAUUCGUUGGAACAAAAAUUAAGUCUAAAUGAAAUGUGCUAUAGGCUCGUAUCUGAAAAAUAAAAUAUGUACCUACGUAUUCAAGUGUAUCAAGUUGUAUGAUCAAAAUUUCGAUUCUGCUCGUCAGAUGGCGAACAUAUUGUAUAAGAUCACACUCUGAAUAUCCCAUAAGGUUUCCGAUAAGUUUCAUCGAAAUCGAUUCAGGCCUUUUUUUGGUAUAUGUAUUUAGAAUAUAUAUAUAUAUAACCGUAGAUAUGUAUUAGGUAAAUUUUAGUCUUCCCAAAUUUGCUUUGUAUCCAUAAAUAUUGCUAAGGGACCCACACAAAUUCAAUUUGUUUACGAGUGAGUACCGCAAAAGCAAAAGAAUCGCUGCUUUUCUGUAUGUGAUAAUAGGCAAAAGGGAGCUUAUAUAGCAAAUAUGUAUAUAUAGGUAUAGGUAAGAAUGGGGCUGAGUGUGACCAAAGAGAGUGAGUAUACGCUGAUUUUCUGAAUGAGCAUUUCUAGCACGUUGCUUUUUAUUGCUACACAUAUGUAUAAUGGGGUUUUGUUGUUACUUUAGGUGAAACGCGCGCAAAAAGCUACUCGCUCCCUAGCCACCGAUUGGCGAAUGUCGACUGGCAAGAGUUCUGUCGUAGCUAUGGCUUGCCAUUCCCAGCCAGUAAGUGGCGAAUCUGCCUGCAGCGCGCACACGUUUUUUUUAUAUACUUACCGAGAGUAGCGCGCGGCGCGUGUAGAAAUUCAAGCAAAAACAAAUUUUCUAUAAUAAAUAAUUUGUGGUUAAAUGAAGUGUGAAAACAAAUUGGCGAAAGUCAGAAUUGUAAUGGAAGUUGAGUGUACAAAAUAGUGUGAAGCAGUUACGGUAAUUUGUAGAAAGUCGCAGCAAAAACAGAAAUAAUAAUAAAUUAGUAAAAAAUAUACUUAACACAUUGUCGUAUGAAACUAAUUGAGUGUCGUGAAAUAUUUGAACUGGAAAUAAUUAUUAAAAAAUACAAAAACAAAAAUUUUUUACUAAAAAAAUUACCAUUAACAAUUUUAAAGUUAUUGUGGCUUGUAAAUAAAAAGUUGUAAAAAAUUAAAAAACUAAUAAAUAGACACUGUGUAGUUAAAAGACUGAUUUACAGUUGCGGUGUUUCCAGUAGCAGAUUUUUUAGCGCCUUUUUAUGAAUCUCACUAAAGAAAUACCAAAAAAAUGACAACGGCAAUAUAGUUAACCGAACGGCAGCGUCUGCAACAUAACCUAAAUUACGUUAAUUGCAACAAAAAAUAAUUAAAAGUGAAUGCCAGUUGUAGUGUUUGCCACAUCAACUGCAACAAGUGUUUGGAAAGCCGGCCAACAGCCUCAAGCAACAUUUAACAAUACAUACGCACCCCUGAAAAACAUAAUGGCCUCUCUACAUGCCACCAAUUCAUGCAACAGCAACAGCUGCAGCGUCGCUCUGGCCAACAAUAAGCCGCUAACACCAACAAAAACCACAGUUAAAUUAUUGAAUGGAAAAAGUAGCAGUGAUUGUGACGUUGUUGUUGCCCCAACUGCGCCAAACAACAACCACAACCACAACAACAACAACAAUAGUAAAAGUUACAACAAUAUAAGCAGCAAUGUUGAGCAACUUUUCAAUUCCGCUUUGAAGGCAUUACAUUUGCCACAAUGUGUUGGCGGCGGCGCGGCAGGCAAUGGUGUUGGUGGCGGCUGCGGCGGCGGCAAGAAAUCGCCCGGCAAAGUGAAAACAAAUGGUGAAAAUAAGUUGACAUUGGUGGUGCAAAAAUGUGCGAAAAACAUUGACAUUGCUGCUGCCGCGGCGGCCAUUGAUGACAUUGAAUAUGAGCAGAACGAUUUGGCGGCGCAGGAGGCGCAACACGAUGAUGAGACCGUGCAACUGCGCUGCACUUGCCCGGCUGUCUAUGCAAAUAGCACAGAUGCAAGUAGUGUGAAUAAUAAGAACCGCACCAUGACAGUUACAACCACUUUUCGCAGCAGCAGCACAUCGGCGCUCAUGACGGCGGGCCAUAUGCGGCCACAAACGUUGAAUGUGCAUCAUUUGCGUGAGACGCCAUCGGAUCAAACGCAAAUUUUCAUACGAGAAGUUCUUAACGCCUGGCGUGCCAAAGCGCGCUGCAAUGUCGUGCCGGCGGAGCGCACACAGGAGCUCUUUCAUGAGCUGAGUUUUCAUCCGAGUGAGAAGCAAAUCAGCGAAAUGCUACAAACAGCCAAAUUGUUAGCACGCAAAGGCAGCCGCCAAUCGAAUGGUCUCACUUUUGGCGAAUUUUGUGUGCUAGCAGCCGAUCUAAAACGCUUUCGCACAUCGACUUUUUCGCCGUCGAUUUGUGACAAGGUAAAUCUAUUAAGCUCUCUACAGCAAGAAAACAAUGACAAUAGCAGUCGUGUUGUUGAGGCCAAUAACGGCACGCUAUGCAGCACGGCAACAACAGCAACGGGCACCGAAUUGCGUAGUACAAAAUCCUUAAGUAAUGUCGAAGACUGUAAGCGAAAAUUGUCAAAGGGCGACACAUCAGCACCGGUUGAGGUAUUCCUAGGCGGUUCAUGUAAUCCCACCACCUGGCGGGCCGAUGUCGCGAUACCAGCGUUGAAUGAACUGGGCAUUUCCUUCUACAAUCCCCAAGUAUCUGAUUGGACGCCUGAUCUCAUCGAGUUGGAGCAUCGCGCCAAAGAGAAGGCGCGUGUUUUGUUCUUCGUUAUGGAUUCGGAGACGCGCGCUUCUGCUGGUGCCAUUGAGGCGGCACAUAUAGCGGGUCAAAACUGCAAGCAGCUGGUGUUGGUACUACAUCCAUAUAAGCGUAAUCAAUCUAUACUUAAUGAGCAAAUAUCCCAGCAAGAAUACAUUGACCUCCGGCGCAAUCAGUUAAUAUUGAAGGAAUUGGUCACACGUCGUGGCCUACCAGUUAUGGAUGAUAUACCAUCGGGUCUGCAGCGUACCAAGGACAUUUUGGCUGGCAUUAGAGAUCCACCCUCGAAUAUAGCAACGAUUUUAGUUGUCGUACGUGGCGCCUUCGAUCGCGUUAAUCCCGUGAACGGCGUAAUUACAGUUGUUCAAUGUCAACGCGCUCUCUUAUAUUUAGGUUACGCUCAGAGUCUAGUUAAAUUAGACAAUUUAAAUAAGAUAAUCGCCACACAACGCGAAACGUUGGAAGCGCUACAAAAACGCAGUACAAAAUCUGGCGUUCAGCCAGAGCUUAGCAGCAGCGAGCACGCCACUAAGAAGAGCUCAUCCGCAUCAUCGUGCAGCUCCGACACACCCACAGCUUCGUUGAACGAAACGUUGGAUGUCGACUUUGAUUUAUUCUGCGUAAUAUCGGCUUAUCUCUCGGUGCUACAGCAGGAAAUACAAGAAAGUGGUUGUAUUUCGCCCAUUAAGGGCACUAAUGUGCCACCACCGCCGGUCUAUCUUACCAAUAUGCAAGGUGACGAAAGCAAUUUCGCUAUCAGCUAUUUCACCAGUAAGAAUAUUUCGCGCACCUCCAGUCAAACCAGCGUACCCGGUAGCGAAGAACGUCACAGCAGCAAUGAUCUGUUGAGUCGUAGUCGCGAUAGUGGCACCUCGUCACCGCAACCGUUAGAUCAGCCCAUGAAAUCACGUUCGACCGCACAGUUAGGUAAAGCAAAAACAAAAAUUCUUGUCAACAUCGAAUCUAUAGAAACAACCGAAAUUACAACAACCAUCCAAACUGCUCAUACACCAACAACACCACCUAAUACUUCUACUACUACCGCUACAGCUUAUCCAAUAUUGAGCGCACACUCAGCAGCAGCAGCACAUCCGCUGGCGCAGUUGAACGCCAACAGCGCCGCGCAGUCGCACUCAACAUAUCCGGAUAGCAGCAUAACAGCGGAGGAGGAGAGCGAUUCCAAUGAUUCGGUAUUUUCAUCAAGCAGUUCCAUCAAUUCGGUCAAUUGCAAUUAUGGUGGCAAUGAGUUGCUAACCUUUGCCGGCACUGAUUUUCGUGAUGUUUAUCUUGGUGGCAGUUGCUUUUUGCGCACUAAAUGGCGUCAAGAUAUCGCUAUGCCGUAUUUGAAGGCGAAAGGCAUUACCUUUCAUCUGCCAGCGUUGCAUGAGAGUUUGCAAACACCACAACUGGACAGUUUGCGAGAUAAAGUGUACGAGGAUGCACGUCAAUUGGGCGCACAGGAGAAGUCGCUAAAGCGUACACGCCGAAAAUAUCGUGGCGCCGCCUUGGAGGAAGAGGAGGAGGAAGAGUUGACAGUGUCGGAGGAGACCUACAGCUGGGCAUUGCCACCGAUGCGUCCGAGUCUCUACAAUCCGGCGCUCUUGGAUGCCAGUCGCGUGCUAUUAUUCGUCAUAACCAAUGAGACGCGCUCAUUGGCGCCCAUGACGCUGGCAGCGCAUUGCAUCGGCUUGAUGUAUAAUGUGGUUUUGGCAGUGCAAAUGUUGCCCGACGAUUGUGUAAUUAAAAAUGAGAAGCUCACUCCGGCUGCUAUUAAGGAUUACAAUCGCGGUCGUUCGUAUCUAAUCGAUUUGGCCAAACGUCAGGGUGUGCCUGUUUUUAGCGAUUUAAAGGCAGCUUUGGAAUGUACUGUGGAUAAGAUAAAAGCGUGUAACUCGCGUGGCAGCCGUUAUGAUUGAAGAGCUGCAGAAAAAAGUGUACGAACACACACAUACAAACUCACACGCAGCAGUCUCUAAGCGCAUUUUAUUACACACGCCUACGACAAGUACCUACAAACAAACAUUAAAAAAUAUGGGCAACAGAUUUUAGCAGAAAUUUUUUUUCAACUACAUAUACUAUGCAUAUUUACAAUAUAUAUUUAUAUAUACAAUAUAUAUUAAUUACUACCAAUUCCGCGUGAAUACAACUUUUACUUAACUACUUUUGUAAUAGUUUAAUAAUUUUUAAUUGUAUGAUGAUGCUUCAAUACUAUUUCAACAUAGUUACUUAGCUGAUAAAUGAAUAUUGAACGCGCAUGCGUACACGUUUUGUACGCGUUAGUUGCCUUAACUGUACGCCAAGCUACUAAUUAUUACCAUAUAAGUGCUCUAUAUAAUUUUAAUUUAAUUUAAUUUAAUUACUCUCUAAUUUACAUAUACACAAACACAUACAUACAUAUUAAUCUAAUUAUAAUUAAUUGUCUUAAAAACAAAAAGGUCUGUAUAUACAAUGCAAACAAAAGGAAAACGCUAAAUCAAUUUAAAAUUACAAAAAAUUUACAUACAAAUAGCAUAUAACAUAUAUUAAUAACAUACAUAUAUACGUACAUUUAAUAACUAAAAUAAUAAUUACCUAAUGUCUAACUUAAAUAAAUGAAUAAAGAAAUAUACAAUUACCUACUAUACUAGCCUGGUAAUUUUAAGCGUGAUGAUGUUUGCUAAUAAUAAAACAAAUAUAAGUGUAUGAGUUAACACAG